AUGGCGACGAUACUCGGACGUGUUCUUGUAUAUGGUGGCAAGGGUGCUUUAGGUUCUACUUGCGUUUCGAAAUUUAAAUCGAACAACUGGUGGGUUGGAUGCAUUGAUAUGAAACCAAAUGACCAAGCUGAUGCAAAUAUAAUUGUAAAACCUGAAAAUUCUUGGCAGGAACAGCAAAUUAAUAUCUUAGAGCAAAUUACAAAUAUCUUAAACGGAGAGAAAGUAGAUGGGGUAAUUUGUGUAGCUGGAGGAUGGGCUGGUGGAAAUGCUGCCCACAAAGACUUUAUUAAAAACAGUGAUCUUAUGUGGAAACAGAGUGUAUGGAGCUCAGUUAUUGCUGGUAGCAUUGCUGCCUAUCAUUUGAAAGAAGGUGGUUUUCUUUCUUUGACUGGUGCCAAGGCUGCAUUAGCAGAGACACCGGGAAUGAUUGGUUAUGGAAUGGCUAAGGCUGCAGUUCAUCAACUUACCAAGUCUUUGGCAGAUAAAGAAAGUGGUCUUCCAAAAAAUUCUUUAGUCACUGCUAUUUUACCAAUAACUUUAGAUACACCUAUGAAUAGAAAAUGGAUGUCCACUGCUGAUACUUCUACCUGGACUCCUCUUGAAUUUAUAGCAGACCUUUUCUGGAAAUGGUCGCAAGGUCAAGACCGGCCUGUUAAUGGUAGUCUUCUGCAACUGAUUACUAAAGACAAUAAAACAGAAUUGAUUACAGCUUAAAAAGAAGA